CAGGAAACACAAACCCUACAAAACCCUGUUUUCAGUCAGCUUGGGCCUCCUCUUCUAAAGCUUUAACUUCGAAGAAACCCUAAUCCUUGUUGGCCGCCGCAUCCGACCUUCGACCGACCAAAAACUUUCGAGACAUGGGUGGGGAAGUUAAGGCUGUGAUUCCUGAGUCACUCUUGAAGAAGCAGAAGAGGAAUGAAGAAUGGGAGCUUGCCAAAAAGCAGGAGCUUGAAGCUGCAAAGAAGAAGAAAGCUGAGGAUCGUAAGGUGAUUUACAAUAGAGCUAAGCAAUACGCAAAGGAGUAUGAGACUCAGGAGAAGGAGCUCAUCCAAUUGAAGCGUGAGGCAAAGUUGAAAGGAGGAUUUUAUGUUGACCCUGAGGCUAAGCUUCUGUUUAUCAUUCGCAUUCGUGGUAUCAAUGCCAUGCAUCCUAGGACAAGGAAAAUCUUGCAGCUUUUGCGUCUGAGACAGAUUUUCAAUGGAGUUUUUCUCAAAGUGAACAAGGCAACAAUGAACAUGCUUCAUCUGGUUGAGCCAUAUGUUACUUAUGGAUAUCCCAAUCAUAAGAGUGUGAGAGAGCUGAUUUACAAAAGAGGUUAUGGGAAGUUAAACAAGCAGAGAACUGCUUUGACUGACAACUCAGUUGUUGAGCAGGCCUUGGGCCAGUAUGGAAUUAUCUGCGUGGAAGAUCUUAUCCACGAGAUUAUGACAGUGGGGCCCCAUUUUAAGGAGGCAAAUAACUUCUUGUGGCCAUUUAAGCUCAAGGCCCCAUUGGGUGGUCUGAAAAAGAAGAGGAACCACUAUGUUGAAGGGGGAGAUGCUGGAAACCGUGAGAAUUACAUCAACGAGCUUAUUAGGAGAAUGAACUAGAAAGAUGCCUGUUAUUUGUUUAUUGUAAGGAUUCUGUUUUUCUUUUUUCCUUUAAAUUUCCUUUGGAAGUUAGAUACAGUUUUUCCAAGAGCAUGGAAAAUGUCAAGGUGUUAUCCUUUAUUUCUACUUCUGCUAUGUGCCUUCACUUAAUGAGAUUUUUUUGGC